AAAAUCUUUACCUUUAGGUUAUGGUUAUGAAUAUAAAACCUUGCACUUAAACUAAGUAACAUUUUUGAAUAUGUUAUACUUUGUAUUCUAUCAAAAAUAAAACGCUAAUUGAUUAAUUCGUAGUUACUAAGUUUUACCGUGGUUUUACCCAAAGUAAAGUAUGUCCGCCGUUGUGGACUCUUUGACUCUAAACAUAGGGACUGGUUAUUCAGCAGAAGAAAACUUUACUAAGAAAACUGAAGGAAAAAUUGGGAAAAAGAAAAACAAACGUUUCAAAGAUGACACUUCUGCGAUAGACAAUGAAGAUGAAAAAUAUACAAAGAAAAGGAAAAGAUCAAACCAAGACACGAAGCAAAGCCAGACUCAACAUGUCUCUUCAUUGUUUGCUCAUAACCCUGAGAUUCCUAAUGUCAAAUCAAAUGAGAUAAAACCUGUGUGUGAAUCUGUUUUCAGCAGUGACUUGUACAAGGAUUGCCCUGGCAUUCACCCAUACACUGUGAAAAAUUUAGAAGAUAAUUUUGGAGUGACGACGUUGACAACCGUCCAGAAAAUUACUCUUCCUGUGCUGCUUGCGGGCUCAGACGCUCUGGUGAGGUCUCAGACAGGCAGUGGGAAAACACUCGCUUAUGCGCUGCCAAUAGUCGAGUCACUGGGAAAAGUUCAGCCGAAACUGUCAAGAGCUGACGGCAUCAGAGCUCUUGUAGUUCUGCCUACCAGAGAACUCGCUUUGCAGACUUACGAGUGCUUCGUCAAACUGAUCAGGUCGUACGCAUGGCUAGUACCAGGUCUGGUGGUGGGGGGAGAGAAGCGCAAGUCAGAGAAAGCUCGGCUACGGAAAGGCAUCAACAUCCUGAUUGGCACCCCUGGCCGCAUCAAUGACCAUAUGCAGAAUACUAAGGCUGUCAGACUAGACUGGGUUCAAUGGCUUGUAUUGGACGAGGCUGACAGACUGUUAGACUUGGGUUAUGAAAAGGAAGUUACAAGCCUGGUGCAGAUGCUGGACUCGCAGAGUCACGGUGGCAAGCGCCAGACUGUGUUGUUGUCCGCAACCCUGACAGCACAGGUGGAGCGGUUGGCCGGCCUGGCGCUCACCUCACCAGCUCGUCUGGACGCCUCUCAGGCAGCAGACACUGACCUGGUCAUACCUCAGGAGCUGCGUCAGCUGUAUAUCACUACACCGGCCAAGCUGCGGCUCGUCUCACUGGCUGCGUUUAUACACUGGAAAUGUCAGGUGUGCAAACAGAGGAAGAUGCUGGUGUUCAUGGCUACCCAGGACAUGGUAGACUUUCACACGGAGCUGUUGACCACAGUCCUACCUCAGACUGCGGAGUUCCUACGGCUACAUGGUAACAUGACACAGCACGAUCGUACCAAAGUGUUCCAGUCAUUCAAGGCAGCAAAGUCUGGUGUACUACUGUGUACUGAUGUAGCAGCAAGAGGACUGGACCUGCCCAGUGUUGACUGGAUAGUUCAGUACACAGCACCAGCCACAGCGUCUGACUAUGUACAUCGGGUUGGUCGCACUGCCAGGGUCGGACAUGCAGGGUCCGCUGUGCUCUUCCUGGUACCUUCCGAAGUCGACUUUGUGUCACAUCUAGAAAAUAAGAGGAUAAGAUUGGAAGAAGAGCAGAUGGUGAGAUGUCUUUACAACUUGCAAACCAUUCAAUGGGAAGAAGACGAUAGAGCACCUUCAGGUAUGGAGGCUGCAGCUACUACGCUACAACUCAGAUUUGAAACAGCUGUCCUCGAUCAAAAGAAGCUUCACAAUCUGGCCUGUAAAGCCUAUGUUUCAUGGGUCAGAUUCUAUGCCAGCUACCCCAAAGACGUAAGAGACACUUUUAACUUCAAGGAGCUUCACCUUGGUCACUUUGCCAAGAGUUUUGCACUCAGAGACCCUCCUACAAGUAUUGGGGGUCUAGGGAAGCCCAGUUUCAAGCAAGACAAUCAAAGGUAUGGGAGGGAGUCUCGCGGUGGAAGAGAUCUCCAGUACAGACCCAAGGCACCCCCAGCUGUCCGGGCGACUGUCAGCGAGUUCUCCAGCGGACUGGAGCCUAUGAAGAAGAAAAAGAAGAGAACUCCAGAUUGAUCCUACUGCAAGAAUACGUACACUGCAAAUGCAAUCGCAUCAUGUAAAUACGGGUGUGCAUAUUUAAUGUUUGAAAUAGUUAUGUUUUUAAA